AUGAAAGGUUUAUCUUACAAAAAUGAAUGUGUGAUGAAGUCAUGUAAAAAUUGGAUUAUCUGGUGUUGUUUGGAUCAAGGUGUAGAUAGAUAGGUAAGACAGCGGGGAUUCCUCCAAACUCUGCGACUUCAUCCAAUUUCCAUAUAAAAAGGGAAUGUUUGCUGUAGAUUGCAGAGAGAUUUAUAAAGCCAUUUGAUUCAUCGCAAAUGCAGAAGCUGUAAAUAUUUCUCCCCAGGAUAAGUGUGACCUUUAUUGAAUAUAGCCACAAAAUGGCAUUUGAUUUUUCUUUCCAUUAAGAAGGCUGUGGGAGUGUUUUAAAAGGCACACAAUAAACUUUAAUCAAUUCUCUUUGAAUCUGAGGUUUGUGCCAGAUUGUUUUGUUUGUUUGUCCUAUGGUCUGUUUGUAUCUACUCACCAUUUAUUUUCUUCCCUCUUUUCCAGCAUGAGCACUGACAUCAAGACUUUUUCCUUGUAAAGCAUUUUAUAAUCUCUACAGGCCUCAGUAUUUAACAUGGCAAUAACUUCUCUGCGUCAUGGAGUGACCAUCACUGGCGCUAUCCUGCUGGUGACGGGGACACUGUGCUUUGCUUGGUGGAGCGAUGGUGAAAUGGGGGUCACCGCACCUACAAGUGAGCCCAGAGUCAUGCCUCAUGGAGAAACAGAACUUAUGACCAGGGCUUCCUCUUCGAGUGCUGUACUCAGAUCAGUCAGCUUCUUCUGUUGUGGAAUUGGUGGGCUUCUUCUUCUCUUUGGACUUCUUUGGUCAGCCAAUGCUGGAAUAAUUUCCCGGCACUACCAGUACCAUUUUCCCCGGGACCUUCAUUACUCCACAGUCGAACCUCUUGAAAAGCAGACGUGCAGCACCUGGGAGGCCACCAGUAUUCCCACCUAUGAGGAAGCUUUGAAUUGCCAACCUGCUGAAAAUGCCUCCAGUGACAGGCAGCCUCAGAUUUCAAAGGAGAACAGGCUGCCCUUAUACCAGGUGGUGGAUGAAAACCACAAAGGGCAGGGCAGCCGAAGACGCAGUUCCUCUGACGGUGUUUUGUUUCGGAACAUUCCAUCAAAGCUAGGCUCAGCGUCAUGGGAUGAAGCUAUCAUUGUCUGUGACUCUCCGCCCCCGAGCUAUGAGAGCAUAGGCUUGAGUGAUGGAUGAUCUAGGAAUUUCUUAUAGCACUGUGUAGGAAUUUCUGGUUUGCUAUAGAUGCUUGUUUUCCUUAAAUUAAUUAAUUGUGGCAGGUUGGGAUAAAUAGCUAUUAAGAAAAGAACUGCUGUAUUGUCUUUUUGUAGGAGCUUUUGCUAAAUUAUCUGAGAGCAGUCUCACCAUUGCUUUGUAGUGUGUGAUUAAAGUGCAUCCAGUAAGCCUCUUGGAAGUCCAGAUUCUUUGGAGGUGCAUCCAAAAUGUGUAGUGAAUAUAAACACCAUUGACUUGGGGAGAACUACUUAAAAAAAGCUCCCUUGAAGAGGCCUAGAAGGAAAGUGCACAAUUAAUUCAGGUAAACAGAUUCUGGAUUAAUAGUUAUUUGGAAAAUAAAGAGAAGUUCUUAAUAAAAUGUAUUAUCAAUUGAUGGUCAUGUAGAUUUUAUGUGCAUAAUGGGAUAGAGGUGAAUGUGAUUGGUUUCUGAACACUUGGAAUAGCAGCAAAGAAAUCUGAAUUGGAAGGAUUCAUUUAUCUGUGGCCAGAGGUUACACUGGAAAGUUAUCAAAUAAUGAGAUCAUUUUUAAUGAGUGAAAAUUCUCUUACAAACCUCACUUGCCAGUUUGUAACACGUGCUUUCUC